AAGUCCACCUCUGGGGAACACACCAACUGAGAGCUCCAGAUAGUCCCUUUCUCUGAUCCGGCCUGGGCCUGACAUCUCACCAGUGGGCCACGUAUCUGGGCUUCCUGGGACACUGGCUGGGUUUUACGGAGAGAGAGACUGCACUGCCAACCUGGCUAUAGGAUGAAGCUGGCCACUGGCUUCUUGAUUUUGUGCCUCAGUCUAGGAGGUGGCUGUGAUCAGAGUGACACCAACCCUGAUGCUGAAGAGUCCUAUUCUGACUGGGGCCUGCGGCAGCUCCGUGGCAGCUUUGAAUCUGUCAACAGCUACUUCGAUUCCUUUCAGGAGCUUCUAGGAGGGAAAAAUGGAGUCUGUCAGUACAGGUGCCGAUAUGGAAAGGCACCAAUGCCAAGACCAGGCUAUAAGCCCCAGGAGCCCAAUGGCUGCAGCUCCUAUUUCCUGGGUCUCAAGGUACCAGAAAGUAUGGAUUUGGGCAUUCCAGCAAUGACCAAGUGCUGCAACCAAUUGGAUGUCUGUUAUGACAUCUGUGGUGCCAACAAGUAUCGUUGUGAUGCAAAAUUCCGAUGGUGUCUCCACUCAAUCUGCUCUGACCUUAAACGGAGUCUGGGCUUUGUCUCCAACGUGGCUGUAGCCUGUGAUUCUCUGGUUGAUACUGUGUUCAAUACCGUGUGGACUUUGGGAUGCCGGCCCUUUAUGAAUAGCCAACGGGCAGCCUGCAUUUGUGCAGAAGAAGAGAAAGAAGAAUUAUGACCAGGAGGUAAUUCCAUCCUGGUUUUGAAUGACACCGCAGUUGUCAGUCUCAGAGCUGGUUCUGUGGCAGAUGGGUCUUAGCCUUUCUUCUAAAAGUCUGGAUACAGUAAAGCAGGAAGAAGAAAACAUUAUUCUCCAGUUGAAAAGUGAGCCUGGUCUUUUGAGGAGAACUGGAAGAUAAGUGGAGUGAUUUGAAGGCUACUCUUCCCUGUAGCACUGGUCUCCACAGCCAAGGCAUAUUUGCCUGGAAAGUCAGUGCUUGAAGACUAACAUACUGGGAUUUUGGACUUGAUAGUUAUAUUUGUAAGUGAAUUUUUGGCAAGUCCAGCCAUUUGCAAAGCAGUGGCUUCCCUUUGGUUUAUGUUUCAUUUGCCAGUAAGCACCUCACAUUUAAUAAAGUAUACUUUUUAGAAAAAUUGGAAA